AUGCAGGGAUGGGGAAUCGCUGAUAUGAAUAUUGCGGGUAUGAAGGCGGGGAUGGGGGAAAAAAGCUUAACGGGGAUAGGGAUGGGAAUGCCAUACCCAACCCCGAUUCGACCCAUUGCCAUCUCUAUGCCCCCCAUGCCUGUGUUGGCAGAGCUAGGUUUAGAUCGAGAGAAAAUGGGAAUGAAGAGGCCAUUUUUUAUCUGA